UGGGCUGCGCGGACGUGCGGAGUUCCUCGGCGGGCACGCGCACGGCAGUCAAUCUCAGAUGCGGGGGAGCUGGGCAAGCCACGCAACACCAAUAAUUUGGUUAAAUUGACCCUGGUCUGCCACCUGGUGUGGAGGCCUGGUCCUGGUGGCCUGCCGUAACCCAGUGAGGAAGCCUGGCUGGGUGGGAGGAAGCGUGAUGAGUGGGAAGAGUCUGCUGCUUAAGGUGAUCCUGCUGGGGGAUGGCGGAGUGGGCAAGUCCUCCCUGAUGAACCGCUACGUCACAGACCGCUUCGAUUCCCAGUCCUUCCACACCAUUGGCGUGGAGUUCCUCAACCGGGACCUGGAGGUGGACGGGCGCCUGGUCACCCUUCAGAUCUGGGACACGGCCGGCCAGGAGCGCUUCAAAUCCCUGCGCACGCCCUUCUACCGUGGUGCGGACUGCUGCCUCCUCACCUUCGCUGUGGACGACCUGCAGAGCUUCCAGAACCUGGGCUGCUGGAAGAAGGAGUUCAUGUACUACUCGGACAUUAAAGACCCUGAACGGUUCCCUUUCGUGGUGCUGGGAAAUAAGGUGGACAAGGAGCAAAGGGAGGUGGGGGAGGAUGAGGCGCGGGCCUGGUGUGAGGAGAACGGCUGCUGCCCCUACUUUGAGACCAGUGCUAAGGAUGACACUAAUGUCACGGCUGCGUUCGAGGCGGCUGUCAGGGAGGUUCUUGCUGCCGAGGACCAGAUCGACCAUGCCCUGUUGAGCAGCACAAUCGAUCUCCAUGGCAACCGCAAAACCUCCCGCUCCUCUUGCUGCUGAUUGGUUUGAUGUGAAUCCACCCCUGUUUAAUGUCUCUGGCUCAGACUUGCCUGUAGCAGUUUUGAGAGCCAGUGAGGUUUUGUCUAUGGUACUUGUAGGUACAAGCUACUGAGUACAGUAUCCCUAAAGAUGAUGUGGUGAAGAUACAGCUGCUGUAAUGAGUGCUGUGUCACAGGUUCAGCUGGAAUUCAAAUGGUUGGCCGAUGGCUCCAACCAAGGUACAUUGUAAUAGGCACACUCAGUAUUUAUAGUCAUCUGCUUUCAGCAGUGUUGCACAAAAAAAGAUCCCUUUAUCCCUUUCACCCAGCUUAAGCUUUGUUUGCCUGUGCAGGGUUUUUUAUUUUUCUUCUUCUUAUUCUUCUUCUUUUUUUUUCAAAUAUCCCUCUAUAGUAAUUGUUUUAAUUUGUCCCAUAUUAAUCCAGCAGACUAAAGCAUAUUGUCCAUGGUGCUCCACCCACUCUCCAAGAACAGUCUGCCUGUGGCACAGCAACAUAGUCAUCAUACUGUAACUGCAACUCUCUGUAUGCUGAUUUUCUUGGGUUUCAGGGGUACUAUGAAUGCAGCAUUGCUCUAUUACAUCGUCAGAUGUCAGCAGUGGAUGCAUAGCUAACAGAGUACAUGAAUGCUGGUAGUCUCUGUAUGUGAUGCUGUUCCUGAUUCAGUUACAUUGUUCUUAGGAACUGAUAACAUCAGUAUGACACCAUACAUGUAUUGCAAUACAGGGAAGAUAAAUGAUUGCUGCACAGAAAGGGAAGAUUACCAUGUUUGUUUUCAAAAGGAAUGAGACCGUGGGCUGUACUAUUACAGCUCCAUAAGCAAGGAGGUACAAGGUUUUCUGAUUCAUUUGACCAAUAUGUCUCUUACCACCCUACUGCAGCUUAGCCAGAGGUGUUGUUGGGUCUAUGAGAUUUACAGUUUCGAGUUAUUAUUUCCCCAUGACUUAUGUACAGGGGUCUGUUUACUGGGUAACGUUGAACAUUUCUCAAAAUUAAGAAAUAAUCGUAUUGCUUUUGCUACUGUUGUUAAUGAGCUGCUGUUUAUUUUCCUGUGAAGCACAUUUCCAUCCACCAACAUAUUAUUUUUGGCAGGUCCAUUUUUUUUUUUAUUGUUUUCUUGUAUUUACUUAGGACUUCUGUGGUUGAUAAGAUGGUCAUUGGAGUCUAAUUACUUGAUGAGUAGCAGCGGCUAUGAUAAUAAUAAUGGUGAUGAUAAUUAUGGCACGUCUUUAAUCCUGUCUCUCUGCCUUGCUGAUUGCACUGGCAGGCCUUAACAUUCCAGUCCUUGAGCUUUGCCUAUAUUCUGAAGGUCCUCUCUGCUUUACUGAUACAUUACACAUGCCUUUUACUCUAUCAGCUCGUUCUAGGUCUCAGCUGAAUAUGAAUUAGCCUGAGCACAAGGAUAGCAGUGUUACCUUUUUAAGGUGUGGAUUGUGCAUCACCUAUUUUCAGUUUGUCGGUACAGUACUGAGCGAAACAUACAGCUGAGUAUUGUGAGAAUAUGUCUUUAGUGCUUGACUUUGUUCAGGUGAACGGUACUGUUAUUUUAUUGUUUUCACACGCAAGCUUCCUUAACAUAGGUACAUGUGUUUGACUUUUGUCCCUUAUGUUUUAUUGCUGUCGGCCAGAGGUCAUGGUUGUUUGUCUGUAUUUUUCAAGAAAAAAACAUAGCUAAUUUUGGAUGCCUCAGACAGACUGUAACAGUGUAUUUUUUCAGUAUUUUAAUAGAUGCUUGAAUAGUAUUCGGUCAUUCAUGCACUCAAACCAAAACUGUUCAGUUAAUAUGGUAAAGUGUUCUCAUUUGUUGCAUGCACAAAGUCACUAUGGAGAGGUUACAUGUUCACAUACCUUGAUGUUCUGGUCAUCUUGUAUAAUCUUUUAACCAGAGAUAAGGUCGUUGGCUUUCAAUUUGAAACUUCAGAUUGCAUCAUAUUUCAACAUGUAUGCAACUUAAUGGUGACCAAUACAAGAGCGUCAUUGUGAAAGUUAAACAAAUCUAAGCAAGUACUGUCAGAUUCACUUUUAAUAAUGGUACUUUAAUUUAAUCUGCUGUCCAUGCUACUACAAGAAAGUGUUAGGUGUGUUUUGAGUACAGGUACCUACAGUGUAUGAGAGAUCUAUUAACUGUGAACCGAGUUGGGCAUUUUAACAGAAUAGAGCUGUUAGUCUACAUUAAUCCAAAGGGAAAAUGAGGGCUCAAAGUUUGUCAUUUAUUUUAUCAGUGUUAAUUUUUUAUGGGUUAAGCUGAGUAGUCUCCUUACUGUAACAUCAUUUUCUACCCUGUUAAGAUAAUGUAUCCUUCCACAGCCUCACCCUGAAUUUUAACACGAUACCUGAGAAUCAGUUAAUCUCUAUUAUAAGCUAGUCUGGUGAUAACCAAUGUUGCUCUCAUGAUGCUGUCUUUUGUCACUGUAAACAAGUUUAAUGUCAGAUUUUUUUUUAAGUUUAUGUUGCAUUAAUAUUCAGGAAUGUAAAACUACUUUCUUUGGGCUAAACAUAUUAAUGGCUUAUGUAAAUUACAAAGGGUAUUCAUUUUAUAAUACCCUACAAAGUGACACUGAAGAUGUAUUUCACUCACCCCAGCCUUCACCCCAUGAUUGUGCUUUAAGCAGUGUGAAGUUAGGCUAUGUAUCCUAAUUAUGUUGUGGAUCAGUAUACACCAUCCUGAAGUCCUCUUUUUGCACUAUGGAGGAUGAGACUGGCUGUGUCAACAGACUGGCAUAGUUGUGAAUACUGUCCAAUCAGCGAAAAUAAAACAUGCGACAUACCAAAUGCAGAAA